GUUGGCAUUUUUGAAGGCACGCUCAUCUUGGUUUAUUGUGUCUGCAAAGACGGGGCGUGUUGGAGCGCGUGAACAGAAAUCAACAGGUGUACCGGGUGAGAGAGGCAGGAAGAAAUGGAAAAUAGAUCUACAUCUUGAUUGAUGUAUUCGUUUGAAUUGUCUGGAUAAAAAUUAAUUUUCAUCAUUUAUUUUCUUUUCCUAUUUUGCGCAUUUACGCACGAUUCCUGUGAGAACUGCAUUCCUUCAUAAGACUUUAGCUGGCGGAUAAACUAUAACAAGAAAUUUAACCUGUUCUUCCUUAAGAGCUACCGGGACCGUAAUCAUCUCUGUCACGUCUCACUCGACCAAUCGUGGCUCAGCAGAGGAGCGACACACCUGUAUAAAAGCAGGUUUCUGGUCAGCUGUCAUUCAGAGAGGUGUUAUGACUACGAAUUUGCAUCUAAUAGAGAUGAAAGGGCUUUUUUUCAUGGGGUGCAUCGUAGAAGAAAAUGUUGUGAGUCCAGCUUUAUAAAUUUCAUGAUGGAGGAAAUGUUUAACCACAGCGGAGCGCUCAACCGAAGUUCAGUGCUCGAAGACAUCGAUGUGAGCGCGGAUGGCACCCCCAUCCUGAGGAUACUCAUAUCGGUUGUGUACUCUGUAGUUUGCGCGGUGGGUUUAGUGGGCAACCUCCUCGUCUUUUUUCUAAUGAGGUUACGACAAGGUCGAAAGAGGUCCACUAUUAAUGUUUUCAUCAUCAACUUGGCAGUGACGGACUUCCAGUUUGUUCUCACUCUGCCCUUCUGGGCUGUGGACACCGCGCUGGACUUCAGCUGGCCGUUCGGAGACGCCAUGUGCAAGAUCGUCCUCUCGGUCACUGUGAUGAACAUGUACGCCAGCGUGUUUUUCCUCACCGCCAUGAGCGUGACCCGCUACCUGGCCGUCGCCUCGGCUCUGAAGAAAAAGGCGCACAGCAGGUCACGGUGUGUGAAGUGGGUGUGCGCGGUGCUGUGGGUGGCGGCGACAGUUGCCACAGCUCCAACAGCUGUCUUCUCCACUGUGACAGUGGUGGCUGGCGAAAAACUAUGUCUCCUCAAGUUUCCCGAAGGACACGACUGGCUCGCCCUCUAUCACAUCCAGAAAAUCCUGAUCGCUUUCAUUAUCCCCAUGCUCAUUGUCUCCGUUAACUACCUGAUGCUGCUGCGCUUCGUCAGACUGAGGAGCAUGGACAGCAGCAACCCUAAACGGAGAUCUAGAGUCACCAAAUCUGUGGCUAUAGUAGUUUUGUCUUUCUUUUGCUGCUGGAUGCCAAAUCAUGCCAUCACCUUCUGGGGCGUGUUGGUCAAAUUUAACGCAGCAAACUGGGACACGUCGUAUUACAUGGUGCACACCUACGUGUUCCCGGUCACCGUGUGCUUGGCGCACGCAAACAGCUGCUUAAAUCCGGUGCUUUAUUGCCUGAUGAGGCCGGAGAUCAGGAAGAUGCUGAGCGGAUUGUUUUGGAAAGCCUCCACUCCGUCCUCCACGAAAGGUUGCGCCACGCGCUCCAUGACACAGGCAGAAACCCAGGGAGCCGCGCCUCUCCAGAUUAUGGACAAUGCGGAGUACACGCUGUCCAUCAUAGACCGUAAGGGUUUAUCAGCCUCUAAAGUCCUCCCGUAUACUCGUUAACUGUAGCCUCAUGAUAAACAAGACGACGCUUUGUGGUCCACCUGUAGCUGUCUUCAUUACGCGCGCGUAAAACGCUUUCGCAUCUGUUCCAGUCUAGAUGUUUGAAUGGGUUUGCAUCGCAGAUUCACACCGUGUGUGCUUUUUUUUUUUUUUUUGCACCGCGACUCAGAAAGGCGCAGAGUGGUGUUUGUUUCACUGUGACAACUAAACUUUGAAUUUCUCCCAGUCUUGCUCUCCAGCUCGCAUUUCUCCUUGUCGUGAUUGUUAAAGACAAACAAGAAAUAACCGGGACGAGAGGGAGACACGGGACAGCAGAGGGAAGAGAGAACGUCCUCGAGUGGAAAUCCAGCUGGGGACAUUAGGUUGGGGGUUUGGGGGAUUUUGAUUGUAUUUUUUGUAUUUUUAAUUUUCAGUGGUUUUGAUCGUGUUUGCUACUAUGAUUUAAUUUAAAAAAAAAAGCCAUGUUCAUCAGUCCUGAGGCAUCUCUUAAAGGACUGACGUGUACUGUAUAGUGAGCCUGCAGUCUGUGAAAAUAAAACAAACCAUGUUCUAAAAGUGUAUGCGCUGAGGAGAGUCUAUUAUUUGUUUUCUCACCUAAACUGACAUAAACUAAAACUGUGUUUUAACGCUGAAUUUUUCUUUCCAGU